CGAAGUUCUUCCAGGCUUUGCCUCUUUGCCUGUUUCUCUCUCCCAAACUUCACACCAACACUCUUUGGUUUCUCUUACAGUGACUCAACAAUAACUAGGAAGCGGCGGUAGCUGUCCAGACAAUGAAUUUACCUGGCUCAUGAUGUGCAGGCGGCCCGGAAAACACCCUCGUUUCCUUUCUGUUUCUGUCCUCGCCCUCCGGUGAUGGACUGGGUUGCCUCUGGAUGUUGCACCCUUCUAGCAGCAUACAUUCUCUACCGCUUUCUUACCCGUGAGAAGGACUUUGACGCAGCGAAAGGAGCUACGGAAUCCAGACCCGCAACAAUCUCCCAGACAAAACCAGCAAUGGACAGGAUUCCACACUCUGCGCCAACAAUGGAGUUAAUGAGGGUGCCAGAGGCAAAGAGCAAUUCAAAGAAUGACGUGGCUACGCUGCCAGUUGUACGAGGACCACCAGAGACCAUCGAGACUCCUGCACUUGCACCACCCACUGUUACUAUGCCUCCAAGUCCUCCUCGCCUCAAACCUCCCACGUUCGGUAGCAUGCUUGCCCCGCCUCGACCUGGGAAUGGUGCACUACGCCCACCACCCUCCGCAGCAUCUUCUCUGCGAGUCCCUCCCACCAAAGUCCUUUCGAAUUCCUCCAUGGCACCCACCUCCUCCAUCAUGCCGCCGGGCAAGCAGGUCUCACGUAAGGUCAUGCUCGAACCAGGCCACUCGCCUCUAGACUGGGCUGCCCUCACAUCGAGUCCGAACAGUCGCUUGCGAGGGAAAGAUGCGCCUGACAACCUGACCCGAGUCACACCUACGCAGCUGAAGCAGCAGAAUGGCCGAAAAGGAAGAGACGCCUGGACGACAUAUCAAGGCAAAGUGUAUAAUAUCACACCAUACGUGCCGUUUCAUCCUGGUGGGAAGGGCGAAAUCCUGCGAGGUGCAGGCAAGCACUCCGACACAUUAUUCACAGAAGUGCAUCCUUGGGUCAACUGGGACGGUAUGCUGAGCGAGUGUCUCGUUGGGAUACUUGUGAACGACGAAGAAGCAUCGGAUGCGAAGAGCGGCGGUCUGGACGAUAUGGACUGAACAUGCAUAUCGGCGUCAAUGGGUUCAGCCCAAGAUAUUAGACUAUGAUACCCCGGUAAAACAAGUGCCUAAUAGAUGGCUCUGACGGAGUUGAUCUUGCAGUUUAGGCUUCUUUCAUAAA